AUGGAGCGUCUCCAGGUGUGGGGAUUCUUCUUUGGCCUCAUCUUUCUCACGGUCGCCCAGAACAUCACACACAGUCGCCCCGACCCUCAGCCCUCGUACCUGCUGCUGACUCCCAGAUCCCUCCGUCCUGGAGUCCCAGCAUCAGUGUCAGUCACCAUCCUGACCAACUCGUCGAUCACUGUAUCUGUUCACAUUGUUCAUGGCAACCAGACCGUGGCCUCACACUCAGCUACAGUUAAAGGAGGUUCAACCAAGCUGCUGACUUUGCCUCCUAUCCAUCAGAGCGAGUCCAGCUACUUGCAGCCUUACAGCCUGGAGGUGAAAGGCCACGUGAGUGGCGUCAAGGUUUUCUCCAACUCAACGCAGCUGGACUUUGACACCAAAGGCCUCUCCACCUUCAUUCAAACAGACAAACUGAACUAUCGGCCCAGGCAGGUGGUGAAGAUCAGAGCGGUGUCCAUUCACCCCGACGGGAAACCUUACAUGAGCCCAGUGGACAUCAUUAUCAGAGAUCCGAGGGGAAACGUGCUCAGACAGUGGCUGGCUGUCGACGGCGUCCUUGGGGUUGUGUCUCAAGAGUUUCAGCUGUCUGAAAACCCACCUCUGGGUCAGUGGACCAUCGUCACCACAGUCAGUGGCAUUUCAAGUGAGAAGUAUUUCAACGUGGCUCAUUACGUGCUGCCAAAGUUUGAAGUUGUGAUAGACGCUCCGGAUGUCAUUUAUCAUGAGGACACUCUGUUGGGCUCCGUCACAGCAAAGUACAUUUACGGCAAACCUGUCACGGGACACAUGAAUGUAACGUUCCUCCAUCAUUUUCAUGGUCUCGAAGAGGCUUAUAAUGAAGAUAGAGAGAUUGAAGGCACUGCCUACAUCUUUUUUGACUUUCCUGAGCGCCACCUGAUGAGCAGGAGAGCUCUACAUAUGGUCUUCUUUGACGGAUACAUGGAUGAAGAGUUUCUAAUGAUCAUGGUUAAUGUGACUGACCACCUCACAGGUCUUACAUAUAACAGUAACACAAAGGUGUUCUUGGCAAAGCACAGAUAUAAAGUUUCUUUUGAGGACUAUCCCCAAAUAUUAAGGCCAUCUCUGAACUUCACUGCCAGGCUGAAAAUAUCUACAUACAACGAUCAGCCGCUGUCACUGGAGGAUCAGCAAAAGGCCGUUCAAGUGUCAGUGAUACAGCAAAAGCAAAGUCAGUGGAGUUGGAAAAUGGAUUAUGUGGAACAAAGAAUACAUCGUCAAUCAAACAUGUCAGGUCCAGAGGAGAUGCCUCCUAAAGAAAUGGAGUUUCGUGUUCCUGCAGAUGGAGUCAUACCUCUUCACAUCCAGCUCAUGAAUGAAACUGAAAGACUUACAAUUGAUGCUUCUUUUGAGGACAGCCACAAGAGUCUACAACUCUAUAGAAGCUACACAUCCUCCAGUAACUCCUACCUGCAGAUUGAGAAACCCACCAAACCCCCAGAGGUUGGUUCACCCCUCCUGUUGCACAUUGAGAGGAAUUUUCCAGUGGAUAAUAUUCACUACUUGGUGAAAUCCAGAGGUCAGGUGGUUUCUGCUGGGAAAAGCUCUGGUGAUCUAACUCUGGUCCCAGAAAUCAGCUGGGCUCCUCUUACCUGCAUCAUCGUCUACUGUGUGCAUCCCAACGGAGAGAUUGUCAACGACGCGAUAAAGCUACCCUUCGACCAAACUUUGCAAAACCAGGUGUCUCUAAACUGGAGCAACACUAUGAGGAUGCCAGCUGACGAAGUCACACUGAGAGUCAAAGUGGCUGAACCGGGUUCUCUGGUCGGCAUCCUGGUGGUCGACAAGGCCACAAAGUGGGCGGGAUCACAAAAUGACAUCACCAAGGAGACAGUGCUGAAGGAGAUGAGGGAGUAUGGUGUGACCGACGCCUACUCUGAGAUGUUGAGAAUGGGCGAUCCGUACUCCGUCUUCAAGACAUGUGAUCUUGUGGUGUUGACUGAUGCCAGUUUACACAUGAAGGAACAUCCGAUGAAGCUUGCGUUUCGAGAAGGGAUAGUUCCCAUUUUCCAGACAGACAGUACACAUAUGGAGCCACGAGAGCGCUGGAACUUUCCAGAGACCUGGAUAUGGAUGGACACCAACACAAGUAAUUCAGACACAAAAGAGAUAACUCUGACUGUACCAGACAGCAUCACAACCUGGUCAGCCACUGCCUUCGUUAUGUCGAAGAACCUGGGCCUGGGCAUCGUAGAGAGGCCUGCAGAGCUCACGGUGUUCCAGGAUUUCUUCUUGUCCUUGAAUCUGCCGGCCUACGUUAUCCGAGGAGAGGAGUUGCUGCUAGAGGUCAUUCUGUUCAACUACCUCCAACAGGACCUGAAGGUCACGGUGACUGUUGCACAGAGUGAGAGCUUCGAAUUUGUCUUUGCGGACAAUGAGGAGCUCCUCAUGCCAAAUGUUCGUUGGGUGUCUGUGGGGAGUCAAAGCGGAACGACCGUCCUCUUUCCCAUCAAGCCGCUGGUCCUUGGAGACAUCCCCAUCUCUGUGAGAGCUAUUUCGUCUGCGGCAUCUGACUUAGUCCGCACGACGGUGCUCGUCAAGGCCGAAGGACUCCAACAGUCGUUCGCCUCCUCGAUGCUGUUUGAGGUUUCUUCCUCACAAUCGAGGCAUUCCCAAAACGUCACGUUCACUUUCCCGGCAGAUGUUGUGGAGGGCAGCGAGAGAGCUUCAGUGACGGCUGUCGGUGACAUCCUCGGCCCGUCCAUCAGCGGCCUGGACUCCCUGAUCCAGAUGCCUCACGGUUGCGGGGAACAGAACAUGAUCAACUUUGCCCCGAACAUUUACAUCCUUCAGUAUCUGAGCGCCACGGGACGGGUGGACCAGGACACCGCAGACAGAGCCACGGCCUACAUGAUGACAGGUUAUGAGCGAGAGCUGUCCUAUCAGAGAGAAGACGGCUCCUUCAGUGCCUUUGGAGACCAGGACUCAUCUGGAAGCACCUGGCUCUCUGCGUUCGUGCUGAGGUGUUUCCUGCAGGCUCGGCUGUUCAUCAGCAUCGACGCCCAGGUGCUGCACAGAGCAGCGGCCUGGUUAGGAGCCCAGCAGGAGGCUGAUGGGAGAUUCAUGGAGCCCGGCCGGGUCAUCCACACAGAGCUCCAGGGAGGCCUGGACGGCCCUGUGUCCCUCACAGCCUACGUCCUGAUCGCGCUGCUGGAAGACAAUGACAUCAGGGCGCAGUAUGGGAGCCAGGUGUCUGCAGCCCUGAUGUUCCUGGAGACCCAUCUGGCUCUCGGCGUCUCCAGUAACUACAGCCUCAGCCUGCUCACCUACGCCCUGGCUCUGGCCGACAGCUCCACCGCUAACAUGGCGCUCAGCGAGCUGAUUGGACGGGCUCAGAAGAUAGAUGGUGUCCCGAUGUGGUCUUCCCCAGACGGUGGCCUGUCGUCGUCGUGGCAGCCUCGCUCUGCGGACAUUGAGAUGGCGUCCUACGUGCUUCUCUCUCAACACAAACUGGGUCUGAUUGCAGAGGGCCUCGGCCUCAUGAAGUGGCUCAGCCUACAGCGAAACCACAACGGAGGAUUCGGAAGCACCCAGGACACAGUCGUGGCUCUGCAGGCUUUGUCCACCUUCGCAGCUCUUGGCAAUUCUCACGACUUUGACCUCACUGUCACAGUAAACACCAGCGCCUCGACCACCAUCGCCUCCUUCCACAUCCGCAAGGACAACUACCUGCUUCACCAGAGCCAGCAGAUUGAACCGGAGAAGGAGCUGAACCUCCGGGUGACUGCAAAAGGUCGUGGACUCGCACUGUUUCAGCUGAACGUGUUUUACAACGUCAGAGGCGAGGAGCUGAUGAGGAGGAGACGAGACGCCGGCGAACAAGAGGCGUUUCAUCUGUACAUCGAGCUGUUUGACAAAGAAAUAAACUCAGCACAUGUGUACAUCUGCACCAGUCUGUCGGAGGGUCUGGGUCUGAAUGUGACGGGCAUGGCCAUCAUGGAGGUGGGUCUGCUGAGCGGCUUCAGCGUGCCGACAGACGGCAUCCAGACCAACGAGGUCAUAAAGAAAGUGGAGAUGCUUCCAGGGAGAGUCAUCCUCUACCUGGACUCUGUGACGACAGAGGAGAUGUGUCUACUGAUUCCUCUGUUCAUGGAGUAUAAGGUCGCCAAAGUGCAGGAAGCAGCUGUUCUCAUCUAUGAUUAUUAUGAACCAAGGCGGAGGACUGUGAGGACGUAUAAAUCAGAGUGGAGGAGUGACAUGUCCACCUGCUCCUUCUGCGGUGAAGACUGCAGUCUGUGCAGCCAAAACUACCUUUAUGGCCUCAACGCUGCGUCGCACAACAGCCAAAACGUCCUGCUGACCAUAUUACCUCCUGCACUGCUCCUCCUGCUCCUCAUCAGCCUGUAAAUAAGGUCCAACAAACGCUUGUUCGGCUUCAGUUGACUGUGUUUACACGCAUUGUGUGACAUGAUUGUUUGUUUUUUAAAUGCACUUGUUGUAGUCAUUUUAAUGGUUGUAACGUCUCUAAACUGACAUGUUUAUAUUCUGGCUGUUACAAUAUGUUGGUAUGGUAUUCCCAGCUUGAUGGUAAAAAAAAAAUAAAUGCCGAGCUAAAAGAGGUUUUGAAUUAACCAGGUACAAACAGCUGAAUGAGAGCUGGAAAAUGAGAUGGCUUAUAAGUCCGAUUAGUGAUAUUUUUUUGUUGACAUUAAAUUUAAAUGACAA